AGUCGUCUAUAAAAGAAAGUGGCUCAGUUAAAGAAGAAAAUGAUUCACACAACUCGGAAGAGCUGUCUAUAGAAGAAAGUGACCCAGAUGAGUCCGAAGAAUCUUUCGAAGAAAUUGAUUCCGAUGACUCGGAGCACUACACAACCGCAUCGGAGAGUGGCGAGUACACUGUAGAUUGCUUUAAUGCAAAUACAUUUGCCAAUAUAUCAUACGAUUGUAGAGAUGCACAUUAUAUGACAACGGACAAUUUCGAAAACAUUAAAAAUCAAGAAAACAACUCAUCAGAUCCCAGUGAAGAAUCAACAGAUCCCAGUCAAUCAAAGCCCAAUUUGAGCACCCCACCUGAAGUAACAGUCCGAGGUGACUUAAGUGCUUCGAAGGUAACUUCAUCUACAGAAGAUCAGCUGAGUUCGGAUAGUGAAGAUGACACCUCUACCGACUUGGAGGAUAAUUGGGUCAAUAUUAGCAGUGAUCGACAGUUGUUUCACUUAACGGACAACUUUUAUGAUAGUGAUAUGGUCUUGAAGAUUUGCUUACUGGACAAGCCGUUGUAUGAGAAAGAUGUAGAGAUGCUUUUGCAGAAAUAUACAAUGAAACCUUCCGACAAGUCUUCAGAGGAACAUUCUGCGAAAUUUACAGAAAAUACUUCUGAGAGGCCUUCAGAUAAAUCUUUUGAGAAGUCUUCAGAUAAACCUUCCGAAGAUUUUACAGAAAAUACCUCCGACAAGCCGUCAUCAGGAAGCACUUCCGAGAACCCUUUAGAUAAAUCUUCUGUAAAGUCUUUAGAUAAACCUUUCACGAAAUUUACGAAAAACACUUCCGAGAAGUCUUCUGAGAAACCUUUCGAGAUAUCUUCAGAUAAACCUUCCGCUAAAAUUACAAAAAACACUCCCGAGAAGACAUCAGCGAAGUCUGCUGAGCAGCCAUCCCAGAAUUAUUCAGAGAAUCCUUCAGAAACGCUCUCAGAGAAACCUUUGGAAAAGCUUGCGGAGACACCUUCAGAGGAGGACAGUGACCUUAAUGAAUCUUUCACAGGAAAUCAUUCACAUGAUUCGGAAGAAACGUCUAUUGAAGGAAGUGAUUCAGAUGAGGCCGAGCAAUCUAUGGAAGAAAAUGAGUCACUUGAGUUGGAACAGUCUAUUAAAGAAGAUGAUUCAAAAAAAGUUAUCGCAGAAAACGAUUCGGAGCACUCCAUCGACGGAAAUGAUUCACAUGACUCGGAAGACGCGUCUAUUGAAGGAAGUGAUUCAGAUGAGGCCGAACAAUCUAUCGAAGAAAAUGAGUCACACGAGUUGGAACAAUCUAUUAAAGAAGAAGAUUCGGAUGACUCACAACACGUCUUCGCAGAAAACGAAUCGGAGCACUCCAUCGAAGGUAAUCAUUCACAUGAUUCGGAAGACGCGUCUAUUGAAGGAAGUGAUUCAGCUGAGGCCGAGCAAUCUAUGGAAGAAAAUGAGUCGCAGGAUUCGGAAGAAUCGUCUAUCGAAGGAAGUGAUUCAGAUGAGGCCGAACAAUCUAUGGAAGAAAAUGAGUCACAUGAGUUGGAACAAUCUAUUAAAGAAGAUGAUUCAAAAAAAGUUAUCGCAGAAAACGACUCGGAGCACUCCAUCGAAGGAAAUCAUUCACAUGAUUCGGAAGAGGCGCCCAUUGAAGGAAGUGAUUCAAAUGAUGCCGAGCAAUCUAUGGAAGAAAAUAAGUCGGAAGAAUCGUCUAUCGAAGGAAGUGAUUCAGAUGAGGCCGAGCAAUCUAUGGAAGAAAAUGAUUCACAUGAUUCGGAACAGUCGUUUAUCGAAGAAGGUGACAUGGAACAGUCUAUUGAAGAAAGUGAUUCUAAUGACUCAGAACAUUCUAUGGAAGAAAAUGAAUCGCAUGAUUCGAAAAAGUCGCCCAUCAAAGAAAGUGACUUGGAACAGUCUAUCGAAGAAAAUGACCCAUAUGAGUCCGAAGUAUCUAUCGAAGAAAUUGAUUCCGAUGACUCGGAGCACUACACAACCGCAUCGGAGAAUGGCGAGUACGGUGUAGAUUGGUUUAAUGCAAAUACAUUUGCCAAUAUAUCAUACGAUUGUAGAGAUGUACAUUAUAUGACAGGGGCCAAUUUUGAAUACAUUAAAAAUCAAGAAAACAACUCAUCAGAUCCCAGUGAAGAAUCAACAGAUCCCAGUCAAUCAAAGCCCAAUUUGAACACCCCACCUGAAGUAACAGUCCGAGGUGACUUAAGUGCUUCGAAGAUAACUUCAUCAGAAGAUCAGCUGAGUUCGGAUAGUGAAGAUGAAACCUCUACCGACUUGGAGGAUAAUUGGGUUAAUAUUAGCAGUGACCGACAGUUGUUUCACUUAACCGACAACUUUUAUGAUUGUGAUAUGGUCUUGAAGAUUUGCUUACUAGACAAGCCCUUGUAUGAGAAAGAUGUUGAGACGCUUUUGAAAAAAUAUACAUUGAAACCUCCCGACAAGUCUUCAGAGGAACAUUCCGAGAAAUCUUUUGAGAAGUCUUCAGAUAAACCUUCCGAAGAAUUUACAGAAAACACCUCCGAGAAGCCGUCAGCGUCUGCCGAAAAUUUUGCAGACGGCACUUCCGAGAACGCUUUAGAUAAAUCUUCUGAAAAGUCUCUAGAUAAACUUUCCGCGAAAUUUACAGAAAACACUCCCGAGAAGACAUCAGUGAAGUCUGCUGAGCAGCCAUCCCAGAAUUAUUCAGAGAAACCUUCAGAAACGCUCUCAGAGAAACCUUCGGAAAAGCUUGCGGAGACACCUUCAGAGGAGGACAGUGACCUUAAUGAAUCUUUCACAGGUUUAGAAAAUCUUUACAAAAAAUCAGUAAAACAUUUAUACUUCUUGUAAAGUCCUUAUUUGUUAAACAAAUUAUUUAUAAAAUAUUAUAA